UUGAGUGGGUGAACUUUGUCACAAAUUUCACGGAGCUGCAUAACAUCCACCUCCUCUACCUCUCGGCUACAGAUGUCUCAUGCGUAGCCCUGCAAAAUGUACAUCUGGUUUACGGUUUUGGCCGGACUGGCUAUCCUGUCCUUCUCCUUCCUCCGGACACUUUCCCCUUACUUCGGGGAGGAAUUCAUGUACAUCCUGAGGAGCAUUAAGCUCGGCAUCAGGCUCACCAAGUACAAGAAAAUCAAACCUUUUUACAGCGUCCUGGACUGCUUCUUGGAUGCAGCGAAGAGGCAUCCCAAUAAGAUCUUCGUGCACUUUGAAGGACGUGAAUAUACUUAUGGAGAAGUGGACAAGCAGAGCAACAGGGUGGGCCGAGCCCUGCAGGCUGCAGCCGGGCUGAAGGAGGGGGACACGGUCGCCUUGUUUCUGGCCAACGAGCCCAGUUUCAUUUGGACCUGGCUCGGUUUGGCGAAGCUGGGAUGUUCGGCUGCUCUGCUCAACUUUAACAUCAGAUCCAAGGGUCUGCUGCACUGUUUCUCCUGCUGCGGGGCCAAAGUGAUCAUCGCCUCUCCAGAGCUGCAGAGCGCCGUAGAGGAGGUUUUACCGACGCUGAGAGAGCAAGGCAUCAGUGUGUACUUGCUGUCAGAGAGCUGCAGCGUGCAGGGCAUCAACACUUUGUCUGAUAAGAUCUCCCAGGCCUCAGAUGAGCCGAUGUCCCGGGACCUCAGAGCCAACGUCAACAUCAAGAGCACUGCUCUGUACAUCUACACGUCGGGCACCACAGGUUUGCCUAAAGCCGCCGUCGUCACCCAUGAGAGGGUUUGGGCCGCCUCCUUCAUUCAGGCAGUAUCUGGAAUCACAUCAGACGACAUCUUCUACAUCAACCUGCCGCUCUAUCACAGUGCAGGCUUCCUCAUCGGGAUGGUCGGAGCCAUCGAGAGAGGUGUGACCAUUGUUCUGAAGAGGAAGUUCUCCGCGUCUCAGUUCUGGGACGACUGCAGGAAGUAUAAUGUGACAGUGAUGCAGUACAUCGGUGAAACAAUGCGCUACCUCUGCAACACGCCCAAGAAAGACAACGAGAAGAACCACACGGUGAGGAUUGCCAUCGGAAAUGGAGUCCGAACAGACAUUUGGUCGGAGUUUCUGAAUCGAUUCGGGGACAUUAAAGUCAGAGAGCUGUACGCCGCCACAGAGGGAAACAUCGGCUUCAUCAAUUACACGUCCAAGAUCGGUGCAGUGGGGCGAGUCAAUUUUGUCCACAAGUUUUUCUUCCCGUACACUUUGAUCAAGUUUGACAUUGAGAAGGAGGAGCCGAUCAGGAACUCUGAGGGUCUGUGCAUCGAGGCGGCCAUAGGUGAGACUGGUCUUUUGGUGGGAAGGGUUACUCCGAGAUCUCCCUUUGUCGGGUACGCCGGCAACCAAACACAGACUGAGAAGAAGAGGCUCCGAAACGUGUUGAAAAAAGGCGACCUGUACUUCAACACUGGAGAUUUACUUCGAUUUGAUGACAUGAACUUUGUGUACUUUCAGGAUCGAGUUGGUGACACUUUCAGGUGGAAAGGAGAAAACGUUGCCACAUCGGAGGUUGCAGACAGUCUCACAAUGGCUCAUUGCAUUUUGCAGGCAAAUGUCUAUGGUGUUAAAGUUGAAGGUCAUGAAGGACGGAUCGGCAUGGCAACUGUCACUCUGAGAGAAGGAGAAGAUUUCGACUGUUCAGACACCUACAAGCAGGUUGUCAACUAUCUCCCAGCGUAUGCAAGACCUCGAUUCAUCAGAAUUCAGCCCCGCCUGGAGUUGACGGGGACAUUCAAGAUGAAGAAAGUGAAGCUGGUGGAGGAGGGAUUCCACCCAGCUCACAUCCAAGAUCCUUUAUACUUCUUAGAUUCGGAGAAAAAGACGUACGUUCCCAUGACAGAGGACAUCUACAGAGCAAUCACUUGCAGGGAAAUAAAACUCUAACACAGAAAAUAGGCAUUGUUGAAGCAGACGACCCCUUACAUAAACAGUCUACUAAUCUCAGGGACACACUGAGUCACACCAUGUUUUAAGAGACUACUUUUUUUUCUCCAUUAACACAAGUACCUUGCAUCUCUACAGUUUUUGUAAAUGUAUUUGACAGUAUGUGAUAUACAGGUAUGUCUUACUGCCACUGUUGUACUUUUAAUAAUAAAACUCUGGUUGUCUUUUC